CAUUAAUUCGCUAUAUUAUUCAUUUUAAUGAUGUAGGACUUAAGAUGCAAGUCCUACAUCCAUCGUUUUCUAAGUAUAACCCCACUAGUGCUGCAUACAGACAGCCUUUUUGAGUGCUUUACUGAAGAAAGAAUACGUUCUUCACACGAACUACAUCACCAAAAAUGUCAGUUCUUGAUACUAGAACCUGCAGUUUUUGGCUACAGCUUCUGUAAUGGACUCUUCCCUGACUACAGCUAAAUCUGAUCUUUUAAUAAUUAUAUAUAUAUAUUUCUCUUCACUUUGGUCAAAACUGUUUUGCCCCCGUCACAUUGUUGUCAUUAGAAUCUUCUGAGGUUUUCACAACAUUUCAGUUUGCAAAGGUGUUAUAAAAAAUAAAAAUAUUAUUCACCGCAAUACACAUUGUAUUUCUGUGCAUUACUAUUACUAGUCAUGCGUCUUGUAGAACACUAAAAGCCACACAUUAACUUCUGUCCUACAAUGUAGUUUUCCCUUGUUUCCUUUGACUGUCUUACAGCGUUUCUUAAACUGUCCCCAUACCCGUGCAUACAAACUCUGCUGCACAUGCACUAAUAUUAAUUCUUCGGAUCCGAAAAAACAAUGCAAUUCAUGUAUUAUAACCAGUUUUCAACCUUAACUGGCAACGAAUCAGUUAAUUCCCGGUUUAAUCCCAAUUUUUCCCACGGCGCCAGAUAAAUGCGUCCUUUCCACGUGUGACGCUACGUCAAUACUAUGAGAAGAAAGAUAAAAGGAGGGGAGGCUUGAAACGGAACUGUAUCUGCGCCUACCUUAGGAGGAGCCUGAAAACCGCAUAAGGCAAAAAGACUCACGCUUCCCUUGCUAAAUAUUCAAGAAGUCAUGACGCGGCACUGCAGCUUAUGAAUAAUGAAAAUAAUGACGUAAAGAAUGCGGCGCUCUGCAGUUAGUUGUGGUGUUUAGUAUUUAUAAGCAGAAGGCGGAGUCGGGAAUAAAUCAUGACGUUAUCGUGACGUACAUUCCGGGGUUUUUAUUGUGCUGUGCUGCAGCCGAACCGGCAAUGAGAGGAGGGGAGAUGAACGAGUAAACCGGGGAGUACAGUAGUAAUAGGACUGAGUUAAGACAGAAAUAUAACAAUAAUUAAAAAAUAACACAACAUAAAGGCACCGGCCAUUAAAUAAAAUAAGAACGAACGACGCAAUUUAUACCCUCCCUCUGUAUUUAUAUUGUAAAAUACUUUAAAAGAUUAUUUUGAUAUAUAAAAAAGGAAAUCGUAUUUUUUAUUUUACAUUUUCAAACAUUUUUUUAUAUAAAUAAAUGGGGGAUUACGGGUUCGGCUUGUUACAGACAGCUAAUUUGAACAGCAGCUCUACGUUCUUUGGCGGAGGCGCUUUCAGGUCGUACGCGACUUCUGCCCCGGCUUCGAGUGCCCAGUUCUCCCCUCUCGCUCCCAGCAGCUUCUCCGCUUCCAGCAGUAACGCCGCCUGUGUGUCCCCUCUGUUCCUGUCAACUUCUGCGCAUCAUCAAAACAUGCAGGAUGAGCUUCUUCUUGGGGUGACAAAAACAGCGCAGCAGCAGUCCUCGGCCACCGAAAAAAACAACAGCAACGUCAACAAAACCAGUCAGCAAACCACCACCAACAACAACCCCGAUUUUGGCAACCUGCUGGGACAGCAGCAGAAGAGGCUGGACUACAACCACCUUAACCAGAACCAGCAACAGUUGUCCGAUUUCAAGCCAACUGUAAAUCAAGACCAGUUUGGGCAGCCGCAGCAGGUCAGUGACCUUCAGCUAGACCGAAAAAAACAUCAGCCGAUAAACCAGCAACAGCAGACUGAAUUCAGCAGCACCAAGCAGCCACCCCCUCCGCCGCCGCAGGGAGAGUUCAGUCACCUGGCUCAGCAGCAGCCGUACCCAGCCCUGAGCCGCCAGCAGCAGGGAUCCCCCGAUUCAGAUCAGAACAACUGCGAGCGGAGCCCGGACUCAAGCCCCCUUCAGACCAGCACCUCGACUCUUGACGAGAUUGCGGUUUCCGAAACCAAUGUGGUGGUUGCUGCGUCGCCAUCGCCCUCUUCCGUGAAUCCCAACAAGGUUAAAAUCCAAAUGGACUCUCCCAGUGCCCACCUGCUCAAUAACGGCAAUGGCAGCAGCACUAGUAACAUGUUGCCAGGAGGUCUCGGAGCCGGUUUCACAAAUCUCCAAAAUCAGGAAAUGGCAUCUCCUCAGCAGAACCCCGGGAGCUCAGCUUCCCCGUCUCUGCCCAGUUUCGGAACCCCUUGGUCAGUCCAGACUAGCUCACCCCCUCCACCAGUUUCCAACUCUAGCAACCCAAAUCACGCUAACCCAAUGAAUCAGAUUCCCAGCAGCGAGCCAGACAACAGUUUUUACCCGGGGAUCCCUUCUUCCAUCAACCCUGCCUUUUUCCAGAGUUUUUCGCCGGUUUCAACUAAUCCCUGCGCGGGGAUUAAUGUGCCAGGCUUUAACAGCCCUUUCUCUCCCCAGAUUAAUUUACCUCAACAGCAACAGAACAGGAGGUCCCCAGUCAGCCCCCAGCUGCACCAACACCAGAGCGCAUUUCUCCAGCAGAGGAACAACUACAACCACCAUCAGCCCAUCAUGAAGCAAUCCCCCUGGAGUAGCAAUCAGGGAAGCGGCUGGAGCUCUGGAGGGAUGUCUUGGGGGGGGGUUCAUGGCCGAGACCACCGCAGGCCAGGGGGAAUGGGCAUCCCAGGCACCAUGAACCAGAUCUCUCCCAUGAAAAAGCCUUUUUCCAGCAAUGUCAUCGCGCCGCCUAAGUUCCCAAGAUCUGCAGCCUCACUCACACCGAAAUCCUGGAUUGAGGACAACAUUUUCCGCACGGACAGCAACAGCAACACACUUUUGCCCCUGCAGGACCGUUCAAGAAUGUAUGACAGCUUGAACAUGCACUCCCUGGAAAGCUCACUUAUUGAUAUAAUGAGAGCUGAACACGAUCCAUUGAAAGGCAGAAUGGGAUACCCACAUCCAGGAACAGACAAUCUUCUUAUGCUAAAUGCAAGGAGUUAUGGGAGAAGACGAGGACGCUCCUCCCUGUUCCCUAUCGACGACGGUCUCCUGGAUGACGGGCACAGCGAUCAGGUGGUCCCUGGCGUCCUCAGCUCUCCCAACUGCUACUCCCACCAGAAUGGCGAGCGUAUCGAGCGCUUCUCCCGCAAGGUGUUUGUUGGUGGCCUACCCCCAGACAUUGAUGAAGAUGAAAUCACUACAAGUUUUCGCCGCUUCGGACAUCUUGUAGUUGACUGGCCUCACAAGGCAGAGAGCAAAUCCUACUUUCCACCAAAAGGUUAUGCGUUCCUGCUGUUUCAAGAGGAAAGCUCAGUCCAGGCCUUGAUUGAUGCCUGCCUUGAAGAAGAUGGAAAACUUUACCUGUGUGUAUCUAGCCCUACAAUCAAGGACAAGCCUGUGCAAAUCCGGCCCUGGAACCUGAGUGACAGUGACUUUGUCAUGGAUGGUUCACAGCCACUGGACCCUCGUAAAACCAUUUUUGUAGGAGGAGUUCCUCGACCCUUGAGAGCCGUGGAGCUGGCUAUGAUCAUGGAUCGUCUGUACGGAGGAGUUUGCUAUGCAGGAAUUGACACUGACCCUGAGCUGAAGUAUCCGAAAGGCGCAGGACGUGUGGCCUUCUCCAAUCAGCAGAGCUACAUCGCGGCCAUCAGCGCUCGCUUCGUUCAGCUGCAGCACGGGGAUAUUGAUAAACGGGUGGAGGUCAAGCCAUACGUGCUGGACGAUCAGAUGUGUGACGAAUGCCAGGGAGCCCGCUGUGGGGGGAAGUUUGCCCCUUUCUUUUGUGCCAAUGUCACUUGCCUGCAGUAUUACUGUGAGUUUUGCUGGGCAAACAUUCAUUCUCGUGCGGGGCGCGAGUUUCACAAGCCGUUGGUGAAGGAAGGGGCUGACCGUCCGCGACAGAUUCACUUCCGCUGGAACUGAAGGCCACGGCAGAGGAUCAGCGAGAUGACGCAAGAAUGCAUGUGGCUUAUUAUGAAUGAAGAUACCAAGACCUUGAGGCAGAAAUAAGUGCAUUCUUCUGCCUCUUACCCUAAGCUAUCAAUACAGUACAUAUAUCUUUUGUAGCAGCCAAAACACUACAAGCCUCUGUUUUUCACCAAAACCCUACAUCUCAGGCUUUACUAACUUUUUUGUGGUACUUUCAUGUUUUUUAAAGAAAAAAAAAUGGAUUUUUUGUAGUUUUUCAAAUUAUUUUUAUAUGUAAAAUUUAAACUAGAUAUGAGAAUGUUUUUUGCAUGGGGGCGCACUGUCUGCUGCUAUCUCCAGUGGGUGAAGCGUGCACUUAUUUCUGGGAAACCUUGAUUUUAAACUCUCUUAAGACCUGCCCCAAGUGAUUUACCAAAGGUAGCAAAAAUGAUAGGAGGCAAAGUGAAACAUUUCUGCCACAAAACAAAUUUUAUUUUUUAUUGUUGCUAUUUGCUGUGUAUUCUUAUUGAAAAAUAGGGUUACUUUUUGCUCUCCAUUUUGACUUGCAAAAAAAUAAUACCUCAUUAUAUUAAUCUGGUUUGUUAUUAGCUAUUUUAAACAUUUUUAAUCACAAGCUGUAUUAGAAGCUUUGCUGCUAUAUAUAGGUGUUAUAUAUAAUGCCAUCUAUUAAUACGGGAUUUAGAAAAGAAAACCGAUAAACUGCAUUGCAAGCUGAAAUGCAGGUGGCACACGUGGCCUAAACUGCCAUAAUGAUUCUAGAAUGUGAAAACUGAACUGCAUGUUUACUUAUUAAUAUUCUCCAUAUGCAUGCAAUGUAAACAUUAAUGAUACUUAUAGGAGAAAAAAACAGUUACUAAAAACGUAUUAAAAACUCUUAAGUAGCAUGAACAAAAUUACGGAAGCUAGGCAUAUUAAAAAAAAUGAUAAAAAAGUACCUUGCAUGCAUCAAUGUGAUCAGUUACCAGUGUCCUACAUAUAUAUAUACAAUAAGCAAACUUAGUUUUAGAUUAGAACGUGCAGCCAUUUUGUGACCUGGUGGUUAGUGAAAUUUUGAAAAAAAAAUGCAGACUGGAUGUUAUAUCGUAGUUCCUGUGCAGUUUUUGUGAUUUGUGGUUCUAUUUAGUGUGGAGUGAGAUUUUAGUGUAGUUACACUUUGUGAUGUAGAGCAAGACAUAUUCUGCCCCUUUUUAGCAUGUAGAUGAACAUGGCUUCGAUGUCCUCUGCAAACCAAAGAUGGCCAGCUCACUGCUAGUAGCAAAAUUCAGUAAUCUAGGAAAAAGGAGGUCAAAGUAGUUUUAGUAUGGCUUUGCUAUAGUUACUUAUCCAGGUAAAGUCAAAAUGGAGAUAGUGUUUAAAUAAGGGGAUGAUUGCAUUGUGCAAAUGUGCAGUUAGACUGGAACAAGAAGUAUCUUUGGUUAUAAGUCACUUUUACUUUAUGCUGAUCUAUAAACCAGAAUGAUGCAGUAUGUCUUUUGGUACUUUUGGAAUACGCAGUGAGAAAGAAAAGUAUGUUCUCUCAAUAGUAACACUAAAAAAAAAAGGUAACACGAUUUUCAGUUUAUCAAAACUGGAAACUGGAAUCAACAACAAAUAUCUGCUUGGAAAAAAAAAUGAAACAAACACGUUGGUUCAAUUCACUUUAGAACUUCAGUCAGAGUUCAAUGCCAGUUGAUUUCUGUUUAACUUAAAGGCAGAAUUUUAAGUUGAGUUGAGGAGAUUUGAAAUCUGCAAUGUUGAUUUCUGUAAAGCUCAGAUCUGCCUUGGUGUUUAAAGAGCAAGGUCACAGAAGGAUGAAAAAGAAAAUGAUCACAGUGAAUGAUAAAAUAUUGUAAAGUAUCUUGUUUAAGUGGAAUUGUGAGACUGUAAAACCAUAAAGGAUAAAGAAUUGGCCCCCUAAGACCAUUUAAAAUUUCCUGUGACAACUUCCCCAGAUGUUCAUUGUAUUAGCAAUCUGCAGAGUAACAGUCUUUGUGUGAUGUUUUCUGAUAGUGAUAAUACAAGGAUGUUGCUCUAAAUAACUCAUAGGGACAAUCUUUCUGUGAGCAGUGUUGAUCUUGAAUAUGGGUGGUGGACUGCUGUGCUUUUUUUGUACUGUAUUUUGUGUUUCAUGCCCAAGUCUGCUGUUUUUAUGGUGGUCGUGAUUCAAGCUUUUAAUGUUCAAUGUUACUGCUGUGUUAAGGAGAUGAGGUCUUUUUUUACUAACUUAUUUAUUUAUGUUUUCUAUUUGUUACUUACUCCUGGUCCUUUAGACUUUCUUAAGCUAUUAUUCUUUCCCUGCCAAACCUUUGACAGUUUAGACCAUUUGUUAUGCACUACUUUUAUAUGUUUUUAGUCAUUUUUAUUUUUUCUUAUUUAUAUUUCUCUUAAUGGUUGGCUGUCUUUAAGGCAUUAGGUGUUUUUUGUGCUAUACCUCAACAUUAAUUCAAAAGAAAAAAAAGACUUUUGUUGACUUUCUCAGAACUUCUCCCUGUAUUUUCAUCUUAAGAGGUGAUUUAAUCAAAUUUAUUGUCAUAAGUUAUUUAAAAUAGUAAAAGGCUCUGAGCCUGACAUAUAUGUGAAUUAAUAUACUAAUCUAAUAUAUUAAUGACAGAAAAGAGUUGUUGCAAAAGGCAAAUUACUUUCGCAGACUGAGGGAUUACAUGAAAAAAAAGCAUGAUGAACGGUGACUGAGUUAUAAUGAUAAAAUAGUAAUUUUAGUUUAUAGUUACAUCUAAAAUUAACUAUACAGUGCUUUGGGAAAAAAAUAUAUUUCUCUCCUAACUUUUAGUUUACUCCUCUCCAUAUUUUCUCUGAUUUUGUUAAAUUGCUAUCCUCUGUAAUAAUGAGGUAGCAAGGGAAAAAAAGAGAGAGACUUGUCAUUAAUCAUGUUACUACCGUAACACUCAGCUUUCCAUGUUUUUUGUAUGUAAUAUGUCUUAUUUUAUAUUUGUUCAACACUGUUGCAUGUUUUGGUAAGAUCAUAUUUAUUUCACUAUUUUUGUAGACAAAAUAUCUAUUUGAUUUUGAUUGUAUUUUUCUAUUUCAAUAGGCUUUACACAUUUUUUUUCCCCUUAAUCUCUGUAAUUUUGUCCAGAUGCAGGGUUCUGCAGAAAAAAAUAUUCUAAAUCCAUGCAAUCUUAUAUAUUUUUCUCCAUUGUUUUAAAGAAGGAAACCUUAGUAUUUAUAUUAAGUUCAUGGAAAACACUUGAGAUUUUAUCCCUGUUGCAUCUGGCCUCAGUAGGCCUCUCCUCAAAGAUGCUACAAAACUUGAAUAUAACACAUUUUGAAAGGCUGACUAACCUCGAUUCUGUGUUGUGAUGUGCAAUACUGUUUCUAAUGUUUGUAUAAAAGAAUAACAGUGUAAACCUUUUUAAUGCAGAUUUAUUUUUUUCAUUGCAUAUUUUGCAGAUUUUAUUAUCCACAGUGUCAUUUUUUACUGUCAAAAAAAAGAAACCCCUUUUGUCAUUGCAACUAUUUUUAAAUCCAGAUAUCUUUGUACUGAAGUUAAUGACUGUAAUUAUUUUGGAUAGUGUUUUGCUAACAAAAGGAGAGACUUUUUCAUGCAUAUUUCUAUUUUGUUCCGUUUUGUUGUUUUUUUUUAAUUUAAUUUUAUUAUUUUAAUAGUAGCAAAAUACUUGGAAUAAUUUUUCAUAUUAUGUGUCAUUAAUAUUAUUUUGUAUUUUUAUGUGGAAAUAUAUAUAUAAUUUUAUGAUGCUAAUUGCUAAAAUUUAUUUUAUGUUGAAUUAUUUUUGGAGCUAAAAUCUUUGUAAUAUUGUUAAAGUAACUAGUUUCUAAAUCAGAGUUUGUGUAUAGAUUCACACAAGUGGUUUACGGAGUGUUUGGAUUGUAAUUAUUACUGAAUGGUUCUUUGAUAUGCAAAUUAAUAUUUGGUUGAUUUUUAUUUUUGUUUUGUAUUUAAAUGGGGUGUUAAUUAGUUUUAUUCAUUUCCUAAAUAAAAACCCAUUCUGUUUGGACACAAGAAGAUCACCUUCAGCUUUGUUUUUUUUAUUUUUGUAUUUCUGUGCAUCUUUUUUUAUUCAGGUCAGGUGUUUAAUUCUCCAGUCUUGUCUGUUGUACUGGUAAUUUAACUCUGUAAUGGAAUAGUUUGCUGCCAACUAUUUAUAUUACGUAAUUUUUAAAUAUUUGUAAUAUUGUUGAUUGAAUUAAUAAACCAUUAAAUUAUUGGCA